CCAUCGCCCGCGUCCCCUCACGGCGGAGCCGAGGGGCGGGGCCCGAGGGGGCGGGGCCUGGCGACCCGAGGGGCGGGGCCAGGGGCUGUUGCCUUCCCUCCCCCCGCCAAUGGGCGGGACCGGGUAUCCCCGCUGCCCGCCUCUGUCGUUCGGGGCGAGUCCAUUGCAUCCCGCGCGGGGGGAGCUCCGGACCCGGAUGCUGUCUACCGGUCCGGUUCGGGGAAAGAGGGAGGAGCAGGGAUAGCGCCUGUGGAUCAGGAGCGGGCGCGGCCCUGCAGCAGCCGUGGUGGCUGAUCGGGCGGGGGGAGCCGCUUUGUGGGGGCGGCUCUCCCCUCCCCCUUCCACCCCCCCUACGUCCCGGCGGGGGAUGGUGUGUCCCGCAGCGCGCGCCUUGCUCGCGCGGUUCGGCGGCUCUGCGGGGGGAGGGGGACGGGAGAGACCCGGGCCCCGGCGGGUUUUGCAGUGAGCGCGGGGGAAUAGCGGGCGGGCGGGGAGCGCCCGCUGCUGCCGGCCGGGACCAUGUUGGCGGACGACGAGGAGGAGCUGAAAGUCCCGGAGGAGAUGUUCAAAGACGUCAAGUUCUUCGUGGUGGGAGACAUCGACCCCAAGGUUAUCCAACUUCUGAAAGCUGGGAAAGCAAAGGAAGUUUCUUACAAUGCCCUGGCCUCACAUAUUAUUUCAGAAGAUGGGGACAAUCCAGAAGUUGGAGAAUCUCGAGAAGUUUUUGAUCUCCCUGUGGUAAAGCCUUCCUGGGUGAUCUUGUCUGUUCGCUGUGGAGCUCUUCUGCCUGUAAAUGGCUUUUCUCCAGAAUCAUGUCAGAUCUUUUUUGGAGUCACUGCUUGUCUCUCUCAGGUUUCAUCUGAAGACCGAAGUACGCUGUGGGCUUUGAUUACGUUUUAUGGAGGGAAUUGCCAGCUGAGCCUCAAUAAGAAAUGUACUCACUUGAUUGUGCCUGAGCCAAAGGGGGAAAAAUAUGAAUGUGCUUAUAAACGGGACAGCAUUAAAAUUGUGACCCCAGACUGGGUACUGGAUUCUAUAGCUGAUAAAAGUAAAAAAGAAGAGACUCCUUAUCAUCCUCGUUUAAUUAUAUACGAGGAGGAAGAGGAGGAGGAGGAGGAAGAGGAGGAAGAAGCAGAAAAUGAAGAACAAGAUUCACAAAAUGAGGCUAGUACUGAUGAAAAAUUAUCAAGCCCAGCAUCUUCUCGAGAAGGAUCACCUUUGGGUGAUCAAGCUUUUUCACCAAAAUCUACUCCUGCUGAUAAGGCAAAAGGGGAACUGAUGUUCGAUGAUUCUUCCGAUUCCUCUCCAGAAAAGCAAGAAAGGAAUUUGAACUGGACACCAGCUGAAGUCCCACAGGCAUCUGCAGCAAAGCGUAGGUUGCCUCAAGGGAAGGACUCCGGGUUGAUUAAUUUGUGUGCCAAUGUCCCACCAGUGCCAGGUAACAUUUUGCCUCCUGAUAUGAGAGGCAACCUCAUGGCUUCAGUGCAAGGUGCCCAAAGUUCUGACCGCCAGGAAAUGAUGGCCACGUGGAGUCCAGCCGUGCGGACGUUAAGGAAUAUUACUAAUAGUGCUGAUAUUCAGCAGAUUAAUAGACCAUCAAAUGUAGCACAUAUAUUACAAUCACUUUCAGCACCUACAAAAAGUUUAGAACAACAAGUAAAUCAUAGCCAACAGGGACAUCCAAAUGUGGUGCUGUUUAGUCAAGUGAAACUAACACCAGAGACACAUUUAUUGCAGCAGUCACAUCAAGCACAGCAGCAACAGCACCAUCCUCUUUUGCACCUUCAACCUCAGCAACUUAUGCAGCUCCAGCAGCAGCAGCAGCAACCCCAGAUCUCCCAGCAGUCUUUCCAGCAGCAGCAGCCUCACCAGUUUCCCCAGCAGCAGCAGCAGCAAGUCCAUCAGCAGCACCAGUUCUCCCAGCAGCAGCUCCAGUUCCCGCAGCAGCCGCUCCACGCGCAGCAGCAGCUGCACCGCCCUCCGCAGCCGCUCCAGUUCCAGCAGCAGCAUGUGCUGCAGCAGCAGCUGCAACAGCUGCAGCAGCAGCAGCAACAGCUGCAACAGCUGCAGCAGCAGAACCUGCAACAGCAACAGCUGCAACAGCAACAGCUGCAACAUCAGCAGCAGCAGCUGCAGCAGCAGCACUUACAGCGACUGCACCAGCAGCACCAGCAACAGCAAAUGCAGAAUCAGGCAGCGCAGCACUUAACUCAGACACCUCAAGCACUACAGCUUCCAGUUGCAGCCCAGCAGCCACAACACCACCAGCAGCAACAGCAGCAACUGCAGCAGCAGCCGCUUUUUGGGCACGAUCCAGCAGUGGAGAUUCCAGAAGAGUAUUUCCUCCUGGGCUGUGUCUUUGCAAUUGCUGAUUACCCAGAGCAGAUGUCUGACAAGCAGCUGCUAGCAACCUGGAAACGGAUCAUCCAAGCACAUGGUGGGACAGUGGACCCAACUCUCACGAGCAGAUGUACUCACCUUCUCUGUGAAAGCCAAGUCAGUAACAUGUAUGCUCAGGCUUUGAGGGAAAGGAAGAGAUGUAUUACAGCACACUGGCUGAAUGCAAUUUUGAAAAAGAAGAAGAUGGUCCCACCUCAUCGAGCCCUUCAUUUUCCAGUGGCAUUUCCACCAGGAGGAAAGCCAUGUUCUCAACAUAUAAUCUCUGUGACAGGAUUUGUUGAUAGUGACAGAGAUGACCUCAAGCUGAUGGCCUACCUAGCAGGUGCCAAAUACACGGGCUACCUGUGUCGCAGCAAUACAGUUCUCAUCUGUAAAGAGGCCAGCGGGUUGAAGUACGAGAAGGCCAAGGAGUGGCGGAUCCCGUGCGUGAACGCGCAGUGGCUCUGUGACAUCCUGCUGGGCAACUUCGAGGCGCUGCGGCAGAUCCAGCACAGCCGCUACACCGUCUUCAACCUCCAGGACCCGCUGUCUCCCAGCCAGCACCUGGUGCUCAACCUGCUGGAUGCUUGGAGAGUCCCAUUAAAGGUGUCACCAGAACUUCUAAUGGGGGUGAGGUUGCCUUUGAAGCCAAAGCAGAAUGAAGCCAGUCUUCAGCCGUCUUCCAAAAGAGCGAGGAUUGAAGACCUGCCUCCACCUACUAAGAAACUCACUCCUGAGCUGACACCAAUGGUGCUCUUCACAGGAUUUGAACCUAUGCAAGUGCAGCAGUACAUUAAGAAACUGUAUAUCCUUGGAGGUGAAGUAGCAGACUCUGCCCAGAAAUGUACCCAUCUAAUUGCCAGUAAAGUGACCCGAACUGUCAAGUUCCUGACAGCAAUUUCUGUAGUCAAGCACAUAGUAACUCCAGAGUGGUUAGAAGAGUGCUUCAAAUGCCAGAAAUUUGUUGAUGAGCAGAACUUUGUGCUCAGAGAUGCUGAAGCUGAGGUGCUUUUCUGCUUUAGUUUAGAGGAGUCUCUAAAGAGAGCACAAGUAGCUCCACUGUUCAAGGGAAAAUAUUUUUACAUUACACCUGGAAUUUGUCCCAGUCUUUCCACCAUGAAAGCCAUUGUGGAGUGUGCAGGAGGAAAAGUAUUGUCCAAACAACCUUCUUUCCGAAAACUCAUGGAGCAUAAGCAAAACAAAAGUUUGCCAGAGAUAAUCUUGAUUUCCUGUGAAAAUGACCUUCAUUUAUGUCGAGAAUAUUUCGCACGAGGCAUAGAUGUCCACAAUGCUGAGUUUGUCCUGACUGGAGUGCUUACUCAAACACUGGAUUAUGAAUCAUAUAAAUUUACUUGAUGGAUAGUAAAAUGCCUUACUGCUCCAGAAUCCUUGGAGCAUUAUAUCUAGCUGUUCAGCCAUUGUACAAAGCAACUAGAACUUCCUGUGGAUGCUGUUUUCCAGCUGUUUUCCUAGGGAUGAUGAGCAGUUUAAAGCAGGAAAGCAAAAAUAAACUGCAUCUUUUUUAGGAUGUGUAAUUUUAUUAUGCUGAAACAUAAUUUACUAUGUUUUGUAUUAUACUACCAUUUUAAAAGAGCCCACUUUAGGUAUCAUGAUGAGCCCAUUUUUAAGCAUUUUAAAAUAAAUUAUGGUACUUCAGCCAAAAGUGUAAUUUGGAUGUAAAAAUAAAAGGGCUUGCUAUCUAUUAAAUUAUGGAUGUCAAAGAUGAAAAUGUUUUGUACUUUAUUUUUAUUUCUUAUACUCUAUUUUCUUUUAUAUUGAUAUUUUGCCCACAUUUGAAAUAAAUGUACUUUUAAAUGUUUUACUCUAUAUUUUAGUGGUCGUUCAUUUUUUUGAAUACUGUGCAACAAUGGCACUCUGGUAAGAGUAAAUUACUCAAAUCUUUUUCCAAGCAAUGUGAAAUUAUUUUAAGCUUAUUUUACCAGGUAUGUUUUAAUAUAUGAAUCCCAGUGCUUUAAAGGGAAAUAAUUAUAAAUGUAUAUAUGUGUUUUUACUGAAGCAGAGAAGCAGCUUGAAGGAGAAACUAUAACCCUGCAUAUUCUACUGUUGUGAUAACCUUUUGUUUGUAUAGUGAGUUUUACUAAAUAAAUAUUAAAAAACCAGUCUCCCGAAUCUAUAUUCAGUGGUAUUUCCUAAAACACACAGAGUUCUAAUAAUCUGAUUUGAUCAUUUUUAUCAGUUUAGAUUCCUGUAGAUGAAAAAGUGAUCCUAAAAGCAUUUCUUUUCUUUCUGAUCAUCAAGACAAUUCAGCUCUGAUGUUUUAUAGACAAGUGAAUAUCUGCACUCCCCCAUCAGGGAAAUUACUGAUUUCAAAUCUCUUUUGUGCUGUGGCUUAAAUCCAGCUGGUGCUUGGGUUUACUGAUCCUGUUGCCUUUCUCCCAGUGCCUUAGUUGAACAAAGUGCUUCAGUGAAUGACAGAUUGCUGCUGUAAGACCACAGUUGUAGUAAAUGUCAAGAUGAGUGAGGUCCCUCAGAGGUCACUGUGUGCCUGUUGCCUUUUAUUGCUGCCUCUGGUUCCUCAACUGUGUCUGUGUCCUGACCAGCUCCUGUGCUUGGCUUUCUUCUGGGAGCAGUAGGGGUUACCUAAGGAUCACAGGAAUGGUAACAUUUCUACCAGUGUGACUUUUCUAAAGUGGGAUAAAUGAGAAUGUUGCACUUUGGUCACAAAGGUUUUAAGUGAAUAAAAGGUUAAAAAGGUGUGGUAAGGAUGGGAGGAAAUGGUACUUUUUCACAAAUGCUGUUUACUUGUGUCAGGGUUCUGUGUUUGUUUUUGGUGUGAUGUUCAACUUUCUGAAGUGCAGCUUCCUUUUCAUUAUGAGACAGAUGAAGGAAAAGUCUGUAAUGUAGAGACCUAAGGUUGGAAAUUGAUUAUAUGAUAUUGUGCUUUAAUUUUAAAAAUAGUAACAAAGAAGGGACGCAGUGGGAGUUAACUGUUGGUUGAUGAGUUGUGGUACAAAUUAAAUUGUGCAGACAUUGGACCUGGCAAGUCUGGUCUCCCUGUCAGUGGAGGGAGAGAACAUCUCUGAAACCUGACUUCAAGAGCCCUGCAGAGACACAUCUCUCAACAGUUCAACAAAGUAGUUACCUGAAUCUUUCAGAACACAGGAAAUAAAUAAAGUUAAUCUCACCCUAAAGCACAUCAUAAUACAUUGCAUGAAUACUAUUUUUACUGGAGAAAUAAAUGCCUUUUUUCCCUCUUAAGAAUGCAAUACUGAAAUGAUCUAAAUCUGUGUUAAUCUCUUUCAAUGAAAAUAUUUUCUUCAUUGUACUCAUUACCAAGUGACAGGAAGAUUUUUGAAUGCCUUUUCCUUUAGAACAAUUAUCAGCUGUUGCAGCUUUUGAAUGCUUAGCAG